CAGGGCGCCGGAGCGGGACAGGGAAGCGGUUAUGGCCAGGGCGCCGGAGCGGGACAGGGAAGCGGUUAUGGCCAGGGCGCCGGAGCGGGACAGGGAAGCGGUUAUGGCCAGGGAAGUGGCCAGGGAAGCGGUUAUGGCCAGGGAAGUGGCCAGGGAAGCGGUUAUGGCCAGGGUGCAGGAGCGGGACAGGGAAGCGGUUAUGGCCAGGGCGCCGGAGCGGGACAGGGAAGCGGAGCUGGUCAGGGAAGUGGCCAGGGAAGCGGUUAUGGCCAGGGCGCCGGAGCGGGACAGGGAAGCGGUUAUGGCCAGGGAAGUGGCCAGGGAAGCGGUUAUGGCCAGGGUGCAGGAGCGGGACAGGGAAGCGGUUAUGGCCAGGGUGCAGGAGCGGGACAGGGAAGCGGUUAUGGUCAGGGCGCCGGAGCGGGACAGGGAAGCGGUUAUGGCCAGGGCGCCGGAGCGGGACAGGGAAGCGGUUAUGGCCAGGGCGCCGGCGCGGGACAGGGAAGCGGCGCGGGACAGGGAAGCGGCGCGGGACAGGGAAGCGGCGCGGGACAGGGAAGCGGCGCGGGACAGGGAAGCGGCGCGGGACAGGGAAGCGGCGCGGGACAGGGAAGCGGCGCGGGACAGGGAAGCGGCGCUGGACAGGGAAGUGGCCAGGGCGCUGGAGCUGGUCAGGGAAGCGGGGCUGGUCAGGGCGCUGGAGCUGGUCAGGGCGCUGGAGCUGGACAGGGAAGCGGUCAGGGCGCUGGAGCUGGACAGGGAAGCGGUCAGGGCGCUGGAGCUGGACAGGGAAGCGGAGCUGGACAGGGAAGUGGUCAGGGUGCUGGAGCUGGACAGGGAAGUGGUCAGGGCGCUGGAGCUGGACAGGGAAGCGGAGCUGGACAGGGAAGUGGUCAGGGCGCUGGAGCUGGACAGGGAAGCGGAGCUGGACAGGGAAGUGGUCAGGGCGCUGGAGCUGGACAGGGAAGUGGCCAGGCAAGCGGAGCUGGACAGGGAAGUGGCCAGGGCGCUGGAGCUGGUCAGGGAAGCGGGGCUGGUCAGGGCGCUGGAGCUGGUCAGGGAAGCGGGGCUGGUCAGGGCGCUGGAGCUGGUCAGGGAAGCGGGGCUGGACAGGGAAGCAGUCAGGGCGCUGGAGCUGGACAGGGAAGCGGAGCUGGACAGGGA